AUGUCGUUUCGAGGUGACGACCAGCGGCGUUACGGCCAUGUUCCGCCCGUCCAGUACCCUGUUGCAAGCCAACAUGACCAGACUCAAUACCCCGCGAGGCGACCGAGUUUCAACGAUGGCGACGACACUGCCUUCUUCGACCAGGGCCGGCAACCCCCGCCUCCACCGCCACCACCACCACCACGAGGCGAGGACGAGCUCUUCUUGACGAGCCCGACCUCGCCAACCUCGGCCACGAGCUCGCGAUUAACCUACAGCUCCUCUCAGAGUGCCAUGUCUGGCUAUCAACACCAGUACCAAGGGCAGGCUCCCCCAACUCCAUCACAUUCCUACAAUCCACAGGCCUUCGCUCGAUCGCAGUCGACUUCUCUGCCAUAUCACCCGGCCUCGCGGUAUGCGUCUUCGACCAGCCCAACAUAUCCGACCCAGCAACAGCAGUCGCCUGUUGCCUACACGCCGCAGACCUAUAACCCUGCCGCCUAUGCGAAUACCAACGCACCGCAACGGACUGCGACGUACGCUGGCUACAACAACUACGCGCACAGCUACAGCUCACCGGCAGUGCCCCAGACCACGACCACCUACGGUCAAGGUGGAAAUCCCGUCUACAGCCCAUCCCAGACGCAGGCGCCGUCCUUAUCAGCCCAGCCGUCUUAUGAUCCAUCCCUCUCGAGCGGGCAAUCUGGCACGCCGAGCACCCUCCCCGCCACACCCUACGACUCAUCCUAUUCCACGACCUUUUCCGGCGGGUCUUAUUUCAACACAUACUCGGCGAAUGGUGCAAGCCCUUCAUCGGCAGCAUCGGCAGCACCCGCCUCAGCACACGCUGCUGCAACCUCACAGGCUCCCUAUCCGACAUACUCCCAAAUCCCAGUAGGCCCAAAUUACUCGGCUGCUGAUCCCAACGCCUUCAUCAACCGGGUAUCCCGCUCGAGCUCCACGGCCUCGUCUGUCCCAUCCCCUCCUACUCACUCAUCAUCCUCGCCGGGUCUCCAGAGACACCCGACCAAUGCACCACUUCCCAGCCGGCCGAUGGAGAAUGUGCCCGAGGAGACUGACUGGGGUUACAGUGGGAGGGCCGGAGCGGAUGAACGGCUAACGCAAGACAGUUUGAUCCAGGAUAUUGUUGCAGACCUGGGAGUUGCAGCCAAUCCACAGCGGCCACGACCCAUCAACGGCAAUGUGUCCGGCGAUGACCUCAACCGCCUCAGGCACUAUGAUUCGAGUGCUUCAACCGCACAUUCUAUGGAUGACGGAACGGGGGCUGAUCGCUAUUCAUCAACUGCAUCAACAGUAAAUAGGAACAAUGCACGCUCGGCCUACGAGUGGCGCUCCGACGACAGCGACCCGGAAGGUGCAUUUGGAGUCUACGAGAUGCAGCAAGCAGAUCUUGAAAACCGCAGGUUUAGUGGAGACACGGUCGUCCCGCAGUCUGCGACGACAACCGUUCCUACGCUAUCCCCGCAGGCAGAGGAACAGCAGCUGAGCGACACAGAGUUCGUUGGUAUGGACCUUGGCCUGUUUAGUGGAGGCUAUGCUGGAAAUCUUACCUAUGGAAACGAUGUUGGCUCAUAUGCCAAUGAGUUUGGCUCACCGGCUGCCUCGGGUCAGGUCUACGAGGACGAGCGUGAUGUUCGGCCCUUGCCGCAUUCGCGCUCUUACGGAGCUGAGCCGCCCUACCCAGAGGACGAUCACAUGGAUUAUGGCGGCACCGGUGGCCUCCAAGCGCCCAAUAUACACCGCUUGAGCUUCGAUGAGGGCGAGGAGCGUGUCUCAGUUCAUUCCCAACACAGCGACAGCGAAUCGCCAUACAAAGAUGACUAUCCAGACAUGUUUUACCAUCCUGGCCUCACGAACAGGCCGCUUCCCGCGAUACCACCGGGCUCGGAUAGCAGUUCGCUUCUCUCGGUUCAGGCAGCCAACAAGGGCCCAUAUCAGCAUGGAUAUUCACUGAGCGGCGACUCUGGGUACGCGGGGUACGGAGCUCAAUCGUCACAGUCUGUAGAGAGGUCUGUCUCUCUGUCUAGUCACAGCAACACGCCCCAAGUGCACUUGCCAGGCAGAGCACGGACAGACGCCGCCGAGGAGCGGAGGAAGGCGUCGAAGCAAAUGACACAGCAGCUCUCUGUCCAGACUGGCGGUGCAUAUGAAGGACUUGAGCCGGCCGCGAGCCCUAACUCGAUGGCAUUUGACAUGAUCACAUUGCCCAGCGGCCGACGCAAAAAGUUUGUACCGUCGAAACUCAGUACCGGUGACAUCCGACGAUGUGCGGAACCCUGGGCCUUGAGUGGUAUCGCUUCUUGGAUCCGGGAGAUGGCCGAGGGCGAGCCGGACCUGAAGAGGAAGACGAUCGAGGAGGGCCUUGUCAAGCUAUUCACAGAGAAGGUUCCGACUAUGAAUGUCGCCGACGCUGAAACUCUGGCUACCAUGGUUGCCGAUGAGAUGUUUGCGGCUGGGAUCCUGAUCCCUGAGGAGGAGUGGGUGAAAUUUGGCCAAGGCUCCAUCAGUGGCGUGCUGUGGCAAUUGACCGGAUUGGGAUGCUACGCGCCGCGGCUCCACGAGAACGAGAUGCACGGCAGGUGUUACUCUCACCACUGUACCAGGACCUUGAAGAAGGCCAACCUCGACGAUCUCUUGUCAGAGGAGUCAGUCAAGAAGGAGGACUGGGUCACGCACUACAAGAUCACCAAGGAGAUUAUCGAAGGAAAGCACAAAAAGGAGAUCGAGCGCCAGAACGUACUGCACGAAAUAGUCACAAGCGAGGAGGAGUACACCAACCAGCUCGACGUUCUGCUUGUCCUCUACAGGAACCAGUUGCGCGCCUGGCAGCCCCCUAUCAUCCCGCCGACCAAACUCGAUUCCUUCAUCAAGUCCGUCUUUGGCCAGGCCGAAGCCGUUCACGAGACGAACAAGAAUAACCUACUUGCUCAGCUCAAGUAUCGUCAGAACGAGCAGGGACCGUGGGUCGUCGGCUUCAGCGACAUCUUCCGCGAAUGGAUCCGAAAAGCGCGAGAACCCUAUAUCAAAUAUUCACAAGCGUACCCUUAUGCGUCUUAUAAUGUUCGACGCGAAGCCAACAAGAACGUCUUGUUCCGUCAGUUUCUUGAUCACGUUCGAAAUCACAAACGUUCGGAUCGCUUGGGCUGGGAUACUUUCCUGAAGGCCCCCAUUACGCGACUUCAGCGGUACACUCUUCUUCUGAAUACGGUUUUGAAGAACACUAUUCAGGACAGCGAGGAAAAGGUCAACCUAGGCAAGGCUAUUGAGGAGAUCAAGAAUGUCACUCUCGAAUGCGACAAGCUGGUUGCCGAGAUGCAGAGGCAAGUAUCGCUGGUCGAAUUGCAGACAAUGCUGGUGUUCCGUCCCGGUCUCGCAUCGACACUGAACCUGGAUCACCUCGGACGAGAGCUGCUUUGGCAAGGAGAUCUUCAGAGAAUGGGGUCUAAAGGUGUACGGUGGGUCGAUACUCAUGCGUUGCUCUUCGACCACUUCUUUAUCCUCGCGAAGACGGUUAUCACCAGGGAUGGCAAGAACGAGAAGAAGUACGAUGUGUCGAAAGAGCCUAUGCCAAUGCCGCUGCUCAUUCUUGAAAGCAUGAACGACGAUCCGGUCUCCAAGCAAAAGGGUCUAGCAGCACCGUUGGCAAGGACAACCACUGCGGCCUCCUCAGACACAAAGCUGAACAAGGUUGCUUCUAAUGGAACCGACCGCCCUGGCCUGGAAACCACUGCAACGAGCUCGUCGAUGACCUCGGUUACGCGCUUGGGCCCGACGACCUCGAACGAGGAGGGCAAGAUUCUGUAUCCUUUCAAGGUCAAGCAUUUGGGCCACGAGAUCUACACGCUCUAUGCUGCGACUCUCCAGAGCCGGCAGGACUGGGUCAACAAGAUCAUCGAGGCGAAGACCAGGCACGCCAAAGCGCUAUACACUCAAAAUGCGGAACCGUUCCGUCUCCGUGUUGUGGCUGAUAGCGCUUUUGCGUACGAUUCAGUCUCGGCGAUUGGCAAGACUCCUGCGGUGUCGAUUCGGGGCACUCCCCUGGACAGGGCCAUUCGAGAGAUGGAGCAGGUCUACGGUCCCGGGCGAGGCCCGGCACCUGUUUGUCGAGCUUCCGUCAACUGUGCUACUGCUUUCACUGCUUUUGGCAAGUCCAUUAUCGCUAUUGGUACCGACUAUGGUGUGUACAUCUCGGAGGCUUCGGACCCCCGAGGAUGGACAAGGUCGGUCCAAAUCAAUCGUGUGACCCAGAUAGCGGUUUUGGAAGAGUUUUCUGUUUGCUUGAUCCUGGCAGACAAGUCUUUGAUCUCUUACCCAUUGGACGUCGUUGCGCCCGUUUCCAACUACCCAGCCCCGGCGCAUGACAACUCGCGGAAAGCGCCGCAGAGACUGGCCAAGGACGUUUCCUUCUUUGCCACUGCGAGGAUGAAGGAUAGGAUGCUGCUGUUUUACAAGCGGAAAGAGGGACUGCACAACACGUUCAAGGUGUUGGAACCAGUCUACCAGAAAGCAACCGAGAAGAAGUCGAGGCUGUUUGGAAGUCGAAAGGGAGGCUCCGGUAAUACCGAAUCCUUCCGCGACUAUGACGAAUUCUACCUGCCGGUGGACUGCUACUCGAUCAAUCUGUUCCAGUCGUAUAUCGCCGUGUCCACGGCGAAGGGCAUAGAGAUGUUGACUCUGGACAAGAAGCAGACCAUGUCGGUGCCACGCGACCUGACCAUGCCGGCUGCCGCUAGCAUCGCAGCCCGGCUACGCGAACAGAAGCCGUUGGGCAUGUUCCGGCUUAACGAGCAGGAGUUCCUGCUGGCCCACGAGGACUGCACCGUCUACGUCAACAAGCACGGCGAGGUGUCGCGGACCCUGAUCAUGGAGUACUCGGGCAAGCAGAAGAAGGCCAGGGCCGCGACCAUGUUUGGCCAGUACCUGCUGCUCUUCAACGAGGACUACGUCGAGGUGCGCGACGCCGACAACGGGCGCCUGAGGCAGAUCAUCGCCGGGCGCGACGUCAGGUGUCUGGACUACGGGUUCAGGGGGCCGACGGGGACCAACGUCUCCACUGCCUCCAUGGCCAACGGCGGGGCCGCCCACUUGCCCGAGGGCGUGGGGCAGGACUCCAAGGGCACUGUCAAGAUCUGCAUGGCGCAUCCCGAGGUGCCCGGUGCGCAGAUCGUGUUGGAGCUGUUGUUGAACGAGGGCCAUUUACAGAAAGGCCGAUGA